AUGGCUAAGAGAAGAACUAAAAACAGAACACAUGUGAAGCCAUCGCCAGAGGAAUUGAAAAAGAUUCCUAAGUCGAUGGUGAUCCGAGUGGGUCAAACAUCAUUAGCUAGUCAUUCUUUGAAUCAAUUGGUGAAGGACUUCCGUACCAUUAUGCAGCCACACACUGCUAUUAAGCUAAGAGAACGCAAGUCCAACAAGUUGAAGGAUUUUGUUGUGAUGUGUGGUCCGUUAGGAGUAUCUCAUUUAUUCAUCUUUACUCAAUCUGAAAAGACUGGUAAUGUUUCAUUAAAAAUUGCUAGGACGCCUCAAGGACCAACCAUUACUUUCCAAGUACAAGAUUAUUCGUUAGGAAAAGAUAUCAAGAAGUUUUUGAAAAGACCUAAAUCUUUGAGUAAAGAUGAUAUUUUGAAUCCACCUCUAUUAGUGUUGAAUGGGUUCCAAAUCAAGGGCAAUGAAGACGAGGAAAAGGCUAAUGUCGAAAAAGUUAUUGUUUCCAUGUUUCAAAAUGUUUUCCCACCUUUGAAUCCAGCCAAAAUUCAAUUGAACUCAAUAAACAGAGUAUUCAUGAUCAAUAAAGACCAGACUACAGGUGAAAUAUCGUUAAGACAUUAUGCGAUAGAUAUAAGAGAGGUGGAUCUUUCUAAGAAUUUGAAGAAGUUAUAUAAAUCAAAACAGAAGCUAAGCAAAGCCGUGCCGAAUUUGCAUAGAAAGGACGAUAUCGCUUCGUUAAUACUGGAUCACGACGUUGCAGCAUACACUUCUGAGUCCGAGAUUGAAGAAGAUGCCAUCGUUAAAGUAAUGGACAAAGAGCACAAACACAUUAAGCAUAUACCACACCGUUCAGUAAAUAAGGAUACCGGUGAAAAACCAGCCAGGCUAUCUGCUGAUGGUGAUGACGACAUAGAAAUGGAUGAUGAAGAUGAAGAGGAGGACCUUAACGUUAAAGAAGAACAGGAAGAGGAAGAACAGCACUCAACACAACAACCAAAAAAGAAAGCUAUCAAGCUAACAGAAAUCGGACCAAGAUUGACGUUGAAACUGGUUAAAAUCGAAGAAGGUAUCUGUGCCGGUAAAGUCCUACAUCACGAGUAUGUUAAAAAGUCUGACUCGGAAAUCAAAGCUUUGGAAAAGAGACAUGCACAAAAGAUGAGACUAAAGGAACAAAGAAAGAAGGAACAGGAAGAAAAUAUUGCCAAAAAGAAGGCUGCAAAAGAAGCAAAGAAGCAAAGGAAACUGGAGAGAAGAAAGGCCAGAGAAGAGGCUGCGGCUAAUGGCGAAGAUGGAGAAGAAGCUGAAUCAGGGCAAGAUAAUUCUGAUUCUGACUCAUCUGAUUCGGAAGAGUCAAGUAGCGAGGACAACUAUAGUGAUGUUCCUGAAGACCUUGAUAGCGAUCUAUACAGCGAUAUCGACGAAGGAACUGACUAA